AGUGACGCAUCUUGAAUGUAGAAGAUCUUUGGUACAGUACUGGAACUCCCGGCGGCUCUCCUGAAUCAUGAGUCGGUGUUUGACGGUUUUCCUGGUUGUCAAACUUCUUUGACUUUAUGCUCCAUCAGAAGACAACGCAAUGGUUUUACAGCUUGUAUUUUAACGUGUUUAUACCAUAUUUGAGAUGACCCAGGGACCGUCUACAUAAACUUUACUAUGCCUCGGUUGUUUUUACAGUGUUAGCUAACGCUGCUAGCUAGAUACCUAGCUUAACCGGUAAACUUGUCAACACCGUAAUUUAAUUGAAUACUAAUGGAGGAUGUCGGGGGCGACGCCUCCCCAGAGGUUCAGACGGUUUGCUCUCGUGUUUUCGGGUCACCAAACGCUGAACUGAAGAAACUUUUGUUUUUCAAAGUCUACAAGAGGAGGUGGUUUGUUCUGCUGGUGCUGUGUCUAUUAAACUGCUCCAACGCAACGUUAUGGCUGACCUUUGCACCAGUAGCGGACCAGUCUGCCCAGUUUCUGAAGGUCACUCUGGAGGAAAUCAACUGGUUGUCAGUGAUCUUUAUGGUGGUGGCCAUACCGCUGAGCUUUGGGACCACAUGGAUGUUGGACACCCUCGGGCUACGGAUCACUCUGAUUCUGGGAGCCUGGCUGAACAUGUUUGGAGCAGUGCUGCGCUUCUUAGGGCCACUGGCCCCUAGCGCGGGUAUUCAGGCUCAGUUCCCUUUAGUGAUGUUUGGUCAGACUCUUGCUGCCCUGGCUCAGCCCCUCAUCAUUUUCACCCCCACCAAGCUGGCAGCUCUCUGGUUCCCUGACCACCAGCGUGCCACAGCUAAUAUGAUUGCCUCUAUGUCCAAUCCUCUGGGUAUCCUACUCGCUAACAUCAUCUCUCCCAUGGUGGCUGAAAAAUCUGGACAGAUCCCAACUCUGCUGAUUGCCUACGCUGUCCCGGCAUGCAUCAUCUGUUUCCUAGCAACAGUGGGGAUACGGAGCAGCUCGCCCCCCACGCCGCCAUCGGCCAGUGCAGAGUCCUCGGGCUCCGAGCCGUUUGUACAGGGGAUCAAACUGUUACUGAAGAACAAAGCCUACCUCAUCCUGCUGCUGUGCUUUGGUUCGGGCAUCGCUGCUUUCACCUGCUUCUCCACGCUGCUGGAACAGAUCCUGUGUGUGCAAGGAUACACCAAUGACUUUGCUGGUAUCUGUGGCGCUCUCUUCAUCGUGUUCGGCAUCGUUGGCGCCGCUGCUCUCGGCGUUUAUGUGGACAAAACCAAGAAGUUCAUCGAAGCCACAAAGAUCAACAUGAGCUUCUCUGCUCUUUCAUGCAUCGCCUUCUCUGUGGUGUCUCUGAUGCCGCAGCAGAAAGUCGCCGUGGCCGUCGUCUGCUCUCUUUUCGGCUUUUUUGGUUUCUCCAUUUACCCGGUGGCCAUGGAGCUGUCUGUGGAGUGUUCGUAUCCUGUCGGAGAGGCGACAUCAGCCGGACUCAUCUUUGUAUCAGGACAGAUUCAGUCGGUUCUCUACAUCGUCAUCCUUCAGGCUCUUACCAAACGGCUCGCAGACUCUCCUCUGUCCACCUGCGGAGCUGCAGUGCUGAGCUGGAAGGUGCCGAUGCUGGUGAUGGCGGGACUGUGCAGUUUUUUCACGUGCUGCUUCGUGAUCUUCUUCCACACACGAUACAGACGGCUGGAGGCCGAGGAACAGGCGACCUACGGGACCAAACAGAAAAACAGCUUGACACCCUCUGAGCACCAUCAGAGUGUGGAGACGUGAACCUGCUGAGAGGCUCAUGAUGAGAGAGAGACACAGGAAUUAUGGGUAUCACCACUCCUACGGUUUGUUUUCUUUGGUACUAAACAUAGUGAAACCUCAGAUUCAGUUGUUUUUUUGUAUGUAUAUUUAAUACAUUCCUAUUCACAAUGAUUCUUUUGUAUGACACUGAGGCCAAACUAACAGAUUAUACAGUAAUAUUGUUGCUCCUAACAUGUAAAUGAAAUCCUUAAGAUGUUACAAAAAGAUAUAUAUGCAUCAAUAAGCUCAGCAGAUUGUAAUGAAAUAUUUUAUACUUUUUAUAUAACAAAAGUAGUUCGUAGUGAGGAAAUCUGUGUAAAUGAUUGAUUUUUAUCCACUUUGUUCUAGAAAUGCCAGUUAUCUGGGAGAAAGUUCUCUGAAUGGUUAGGUGUAUGAGAUGAUUUUGGGGGUUCUCACUAGGAUUUGAGUCAAGCGAAUUAUUCACAAAACCAGGCGUCGCUGUCUUAAUUAGGAAAAAAAUGAAGACAGACCAAAAAUGUGGCUCUUUACAGAACAUGCUCUAAACAAAUACACAUUUUCUGUCAAAGGAAAUAUUUAGUAAGUUACUGAAGGUUGGUCCACAUUCCCUCGGUGCAUCAAUUCUACUUCUGCUUCUGUGUUUUGAUUUCUUCCAGCAGUCACUGACACAGUUGCAUUCUUGUCUAUUUUCUGCAGCUGUGCAGAUAAAAACAGGUUCUGUUUGACUCUCAGGGACUGACAACAGAACCUGAUGUUUACUGACGAUCUUUUGAAACAUUUUCUGGCAUCAGACUCCACACGGAGCUGCUCGAAGUAACUCUAUGCAUUUUCACAUCAUCAUUGGUACAUUAGUAUCUCAACUUGUACUAAAACCACUAGAAGAGAUUCUGUUUACUAACUUAAAAUGUUUUUCAUAUCAGUCUGGGUUUCUACGGGUGCUCUGUAAACUAUGGCUCUAAGACCAAACUAACGUGAACUAAAACUAGACGGCUUGUUUUUUAACUGAAUUAAUGAGCAGAUGAACCAAAAAGAAUGAUACUGUGUACCACUGAUAAUGUUCUGUACUUGUUAAUACCUAAAAAUUGUAAAAUAGCUUCCAGUUAAAGGACUGCAGACUUUGUAAAACAGUUUUGCUGCCUUAAAGACAGACACGGUUGUGGGUUAUGUGCAAUAAACGGAAACCAUUUCUGAGAUGAUUUCUACAUCUUAUGAAUAGGAAUGACACAUUUGUGCACCACACUUAGCCUUGUGCCUCACUGUGCAAAGAAUAAUUCAACUUUUGUAUUUUUAUUCAUACAAAAACAACAGUGGCUUUAUGUAAACAAACGAGUAUUUAAAGGGUUACAAUUCAAUAGGUAUUUGGUUGUUCAGAGCAGGACUGAAGUUGGUUGAAACGUUCAACUCAGUGAAAGAAAUAAUAGGACUUUUCCUUAUGUCAUACAGACAUUUUUGUCCUCUAAGGACAACAGAACAACUUUUUUUUUUACAGUAAGGCACAAGGGUUCAAUAUUGUACUGUACUGACCAAUAAUGUUUUAUGUAUUUUCCAAAGAGGUAGUGUGGUAUUGUGUUAAAGAUGUAGGAAACUUGAGGACUUGAAUGAUGUAAUCUGGAGUUGAAGAAUGUCUUUGACUUUACCUCCAAUGUUUUAGAUUUCAUCACCUGAACACACUUGUAAAUGCAUGUUUGUUUCUGAGAGCCAAGACUGCAAUAAUGACAGUUCCUCUAAUGCUCUAAUGCUUGAAUGCCUUAAAAUGUCAAUAAAAUGUUACCUCAAGGA